GUCAUUAAAUAGAUAACCUAUUCUUAAUCAGUGUCAUCUGUCAUUUUAAGAAUACAAAAACUUUAUUUUUAUCUAUAAACAAUGAUUCCAAUAACAAUAAACAACAGUAUUGUAUUCGAAGUAAAUUCAAAAACCUCACUAAACGACAUAAAAACAAAAAUUUCAUCCACCUUCAAUAUAAACUCAAACGAUUUUUAUCUCGUUCAAAAUGGAAAAAUUCUCAAUAAUACCCCGUAUAGUACAUCGAAAAUUGACGUUGUAUUUCGACUUGUUGGUGGAAAGGGUGGUUUUGGUUCGAUGCUUCGAGCAAUUGGGGCUCAAAUUGAGAAAACGACGAAUCGUGAGGCUUGUAGGGAUUUAAGCGGGCGUCGAUUGAGGGAUAUCAACGAAGAAAAGCGGUUAAAGAAAUGGAUUGAGCAACAAGCUGAACGAGAACAAGAAGCUGCAGAUAAAAAACAGAAAAAAUUAGAGAGGUUAUGCGAAAAACCCAAGUUGAGUGCAUUUAAAGAUGAGGCAUAUGAUAGAAUGCGAUCUGAAUUACCUGAAAUUAUUGAGGAUUCAAUUGCGCAAGGUAUGAAGAAGGCUUCAGAAUUAAAAGUUGGGUUGAAGCGGAAAAAUGAUGAUAAUGGAAAAGGAACAGGGAAAAAGAAGAAACUUUGGCUUGAUGAUGAUUUGGAGGAUUUGGACACAUCCAGUGAUGAUUCAGAAUGUGAGGAUCAAUCAAAAUCUAAAGAAAUUCGUUUGGGAGAAAGUAAUGAGGAUGAAGCUUCUUGUUCAUCUGAAAAAGAAAUUGUCGAGAAGGAGGAUGAUGUAAAUAAAUGUGAAGAUGAUAAAAAGAAAAAUGAAUGAUUUUCUAGUUUACUUUGUAAUUUAUAAAUAAUUGAUUUCAAUAAAUAUUUUUUUAUUACAAU